AUGGCGCCCACUGCCGUCGCGUCCCCGGCGACGCCGGCCGCGACAAAAAUCAAGCGUCCCAUCCCCCCUGGUAUCCAGACCAACGGCAUUACCAACGCGCGCUUAUCACCAUCGCCCUCCAUGUCCGCUAAGCGCGCUUCCGCCUCAGGAGCGAGCGCGAUACCCCGCCAGCCUUCUAACCCCCCAACAAUCACCAAUGGCGCGACACCAACACCGACAACCGCCCGUCCCCAGAAUCGCCAACGGAGAGAUGGGCUGGGUUCCGUGUCUGGCCCGGUAUUAGGGAGAGGGCAGCGGAGUGCCGGUCUCAGAUCAGCUAGCAUUGCUCCUGAUGCUUCAGUCCCCGCUGCUGCGACAGAUCCCCAACCAUAUGUGGUUACCUCCCAAUGGAUUCUCAAGAAAUUUGCCGGAAACCCCCCAUCCUUGAUUGUACACCUCUACCCGACACACUUCCGCUUCGACAAACAAGAAGGCAUGUUUCAAUAUCAUUCGCCAAUGCGGAUAUUCAUAGAACACCUUAAAACUCGAACCAUACCACACGACCUCCUCGAAUACUUCACACAAUGGGGGGUGCCCUUCUACAACGGCUGUUUGAUUGUUCAGGUUCAUGACCAUAAAUCCGUCGCCCAGGCUCGGGAUGUUGCCAGACCCGCGUCGGCUCCAAACAAGGCCCUCCCCUUCUCGGUGCAUAACUACAACCAAUACGUCACGCCGUCGCCUUAUGUCCCCUACCCCAAGGAAAACCUGCCGGCAAACGGCUCCCCAGCGCCCGCCGCGGAGAAGACGUCCGAAGAGAAAGACAAGGAGAACAUUGCAGGCCUCAGUGCUCCUCCCGCGGGUGGGCAAAAAGGGAAAGAGGCCGCAAAGCCCAAGAUCAUCACCAUUGUCCUGCAGCCUACCCAGCAAACUCUGCAAACCGAUCUCGCUAUCAAGGCCAACACGCCUCGUGGGUCAGCGGAUGCCACCCGCGCCGAUGGAACCGUUCCUCCGCCAACACCCCACGCUGCGGUUCCCCCGACGCCCACCGCUGCGAGCAUGCCGCCACCUCCAAAGAGGCAAAAACGGGAGAGGAUGGAGCUCGACUCGAGCAAUAUCUACGAGGCAGAGGGACAGAUUCUGCUCGCAACCGUGCCAGUGCUAGAUCUCGAGCCGACCAAGACCUUUGAGGAAACGAUAGCGCUACUUGAACGGCAAAAACACCCCGAUCACUCCCAGAAGCCGCCCGAGCCCAAAACGCGGAAACGGACUGUGGCCGAGAUGGCCGCCGACGAGGCACAGGCCGCUGGCCAAGAACGGUUCAUGCUUACACUCGACGAGCGCCUAUCGUCCAAGCUGGCCGGUUCUCAAGCUGCCGGCAACGGUGCCGAUGGGGACGGCCAGGGUGGCGCGUCUGUUUGGGAACCGAGGUUCGAGCGAUUCAAGCUCAUUGCUGAUAUCAAGCGGGAGCACGCCGAAAAGAAGGAGCUUGAAAAGAUUAAGCAGGCUGAGAACGAACGGAAGCUCCAGCAACAAAAACAGCUUCAGCAACAGCAGCAGGAGGCUGCUGUGCUGGCGGCCAGGCAAGCCGAAGAGCGCCAACGGAAGGAACAGGCCGCCCGUGAGCAACAGCAGAGGCAAGAGCAACAGAGGCGGGCGCAAGCCCAGGCUCAGGCCCAGGCCCAGGCUGCCCAGCAACAAGCCGCUCAGAAUCAGGCUGCCCAAGCUCAAGCCGCCCAGGUUGCCCAGGCUCAGGCACAAGCACACGCGCAAGCCCAAGCCCAGGCUCAAGCUCAAGCUCAAGCUCAGGCUCAGGCUCAAGCUCAGGCUCAAGCCCAGGCUCAGGCUCAGGCUCAGGCUCAGCAGAACGCGGUUACCUCGGCCAUGGGCACUCCUCAUGCCCACCCCGUGCAGCACAGUCCUUUACCGGCAGGCAUGACCAGCGGGAUGCCCGUCAACUUGUCUCAGGCGCAAGCACGGUUUCCCCAAGUCUCACAGCCGCAAGUAUCCUCGCCCAUUAUCCGCCAGAACACGCCGCACGCAGCAUCUUCUCCGAUGGGCAUGGCUGGCGUCGCUAUGCAGCACUCCAACUCGAAUCUCGGACAAGCCGGGAGCCCAGCACGGCCGUCAUCGGUGGUUCAGAACCACCCGAUGGCCGCGCCCAUGGCUCCCAAUAUGUCGGCGCGCGGUAGCCAGCAGAGCCAUGUCGGCACGCCUAGAAUGCCGAGUGCCACGCCUAACAUGCCCCACGCCACACCCAUCUCGCGGCCCCAGAUGGUGCCCACUCCACGCAUGACCCAGGCCAGCCCGCCACCUAACAUGAUGUCGGCAGCGCAACUUGGGCAGCAGAUGAUCAUGACGCCCCAAGGGAUGAUGCAAGUUCCCGGUGUCGGGCUCAGCGCCGCUCAUAUUGCCCAACAGCAACGUUUCUUGCAGCAACAGCAGAUGCUUCAGAUGCAGCAAAAUGGCAUGAUGAACGGCGUACCAGUACAGCACCCACUGGCCCAGCAGCGUUUGCUUCAGCAACAACAGCAGCAGCAGAUGAUGCUACAGCAGCAAAGAAACGGCCAGAUGAUGAACCAGCCUUCCCAAGCGCAACUAGCCGCGCAAUACAGCCAACAGUUGAACAACUUGCAGCAACAGAUGGGCCAGAUGAACCCGGCACAACAGGCCGUUGCUCAGAGGCAGUUCCUCGCUGCUCAACAAGCCGCUGUAGCCCGCGGCCAAAACAUGAUGGCUAUGGGCAACCUGACACCGGCUCAAAUGCAAGCGAUGCAGCAGAUCCAGAUGCAACAACACGCCGCGCAGCAGCAGCAGCAGCAGCAGCAGCAGCAGCAACAACAGCAGCAGCAGCAGCAACACCACGCCCAGUCGAACCAGCAGCAACAGGCGGCGGCGCUGGCGCAGCAACAGCAGCAGCAGCAGCAUCAACAGCAGCAAGCCCAACUCGCCUCGUUCAGAACCCCUCAAGUGCAAAACCAAAUCCGCAAUAUCACCCAAGCGCUCAUUACCAAGAACCUCCCCGCCUUAAGCGCCCGUUUCAACGGGGGGCAAAUCCCAGAGGACCAGCUCGCGGAGUUCAGGAAGCACUGCGCAACUCAAGCCCACAAUCACGUGCUCCAGCAAUUACAGAACCGUGGGCAGAUGAGCGCCCAGGCCCAGGCCCAGGCCCAAGCCCAGGCCCAGGCUGCGCAGGCACAGGCGAUGGCUGCGUUUCAACAGCAACAGCAGCAACAGCAGAUGAACGGGGGCGGGUAA